GAAUAUUUGAUGAGUAAAAUAUGGUUUAACUUGUACAUUUUGAGAGGAAAUUAGCAGAACCCCAAAUCCCUUUCAAACCCCUCAAAAACCUCUCGUCAUUUUCCGUCAUCAAAGCAACGCCGGCAACUUCUCCGAACACAGAUCCCAUGAUUGUUCUAUCUCCUACACUAUACUAAAGAUCAACUCAUACUGUUUAAGAAUCAAACAACAACAACUGAGGACUAUGAGAAGGAAAGCAAUAAAAUAAAUGAGGGACGAGGAGAAAUCUUUCAGUUGGAUACUUGUCAAAUCUACUUGCAAGAGCUGAUACACUUUAUGUACAUGAAGUCGAUGACGCAUUUAUCAGCAAUACCUUUACAAAAGAGAGAAGCCAGGAAACACGAACAACCAAAUGGCGGAGUCAUCCACCAUCAACAAAGGAAGUACGGUGGAGGAAUGCCAAGACAUGAUCCGGAGAGGUCUUAGAACUCCAAUGGUGAAGUUCUUAAAGGAGCAUUUGGAGAAAUCUGGUUGUCGAAUUGGUGAUAACUUCAUAAAAGCUAUCCAUUGCGACCAGAAGAUCAGCGGCGGCUAUGCUCGUGGACGUGGGAUAAUUGUGUGCAGUAACCACAUGCAAAUUCAAGAUGAGGUGAAUCAAGUUCUCAUACAUGAGUUAAUUCAUGCAUAUGAUGAGUGUCGUGCUGCAAACUUGGACUGGGCUAAUUGCGCUCAUCAUGCUUGUAGUGAAAUCAGAGCUGGCCAUCUUAGCGGUGAUUGCCAUUACAAACGGGAAUUACUGAGAGGUUAUCUUAAGAUACGGGGCCAUGAACAAGAAUGUGUAAAGCGAAGAGUUAUGAAAUCGAUGUCUGGUAACCCAAACUGUUCAGAGUCUGCGAGUAGGGAUGCCAUGGAAGCUAUCUGGGAUGUUUGUUACAAUGAUACUAAGCCCUUUGACAGAGCCCCUUGAAACAUAAUGAUUACCAGUAGCUUCUCAGAGGUAACCAAGGUGGCCUUCUGGCAAACUCGAUACACUGAUAUCAGAUUGAAAAAAUCGCGGUGUUGUUUUAGUUUUGGUUGAUACCAUUGCAUUAUUGAGGCAUAUUGACUGAUCUGUGAUGUAAUGAGCAUAAGUUCUGUAAAAUUUACAGGGAUUUUUUUUACCUAUUCUAGGAAUUUUUCAUAAUAAGUGAUUUUUUUUCUUGUUUUGCAAUAUGAAUUGUUCUUGUGUCAAUCAACAUUUAUUAAAUUUGAGAAUUUUUUU